GGAGUAAUAGUGAUAGAUGGUUGGAAAAAUUCAGUUGCAAAUACUAAAAAUGUUGUAUGUAUUAUUCAUACAGCAAAUGAACCAAGUUUUUUUUUAAACUCUUGGGAUUUCACAUCAUUAUCUGAAGAUACACAACAAUUAACCAAAGUUAUUGAAGAAGCUGUCGAAAUAGCCAAAACAAAUUAUAAUAAAACCAUUUAUGCCGUAGUUUCUGAUAACGCUCCAGUUAUGACAGCAAUGGGUAAAGCUGACCUUAUUGAAAAUGGAGGAACAAAAAUUAAAUUAGCUUGCGAAACUCGUUGGUGCAGUUAUCGUGAUGCGUUUCGGUGUUGCUUAAAAAAUUUAGAUAUAAUGAAAAAAAUUAUCAGUAAUAAAUUAAACAAGCCGUCUUUUAUAAAAUCAAAAAAACAAGAGAAAGAAAAAUUGAUUACUUUGAAUGAUCAGAUUUCCGAUGAUUCUUUAAUAACAAAAUUACAAGAUUUCAUCGUUUUAUCUGAUCCAGUUUGUUCAUUAAUUAAUAAAUGUCAACAGUCAAAUUUUACUAUACCUGAUGCAGCUGAAGAGUGGAUGAAAUUAAACGUUCCGAUUGAGGAUGAAAAAAUCCAAGAAAUUGUCCAAAAGCGCAUUGACAAAGUAUUGACUCCAAUUUUAUUAGCAGCGAAUUUAUUGCAUCCACAUUAUCAAGGAAAACAAUUUCGUCAUAACGAUAAAUAUUAUUCGCAAGCUAUUGAAUUUAUAAGGAAUGAAUUAAAUGAAUCUUAUCAUGAAAUGGAAGCUUAUGAAAAUAAAGUUGGAAUUUUUGAAUCAUUACUGAAAAAAGGAAAUAUCCCUCCAAAAUCAUUUUGGCAAAUGGCCGAAAACUCAUACCCAGUACUUUCUCAAUUAGCUCAACGAUUGAUUAACAUUCUAUCGUCAUCAGCACAAAUUGAAAGAUUAUUUUCAAACUGGUCAUUUGUUCAUUCUUGUCUUAGAAAUCGUUUAACACCCGAACGUUCAGAA